AUGUCGACCUUUUUCUACGGGAACCAUCAACAACACCAAUCUCAAAACCCGAAUCCAAUGCCACAGUCUCAUAACCACCAUGGCCGGUCUCGAAGAGCUCCGCGUAUAUCCGCCCAAAACUCCCAUCGCCAGUUCCGAGGGCCCAAGAUCAUCAAAGAGAUUGUUACUGCCGAAGCUCCCAGUAUAACUGCAUACCGGGCGAGGUUCGAGGCAGGACGAUCGUUUGACCUUGACGAUGACCUAGAGUUCUGUCCGAAUCUCUUGAGUCUCGACGAGCGACAGUCGGUAACUUCAGGAUCCUCUGAUCGUUCCUCUCUGUCGAGUGGCUCCCCCGAUUCCUCCCCUCUACAAUCCCAAAUACAACCGCAACAGAUUACUCCGGCUCUGUCCAUUUCCUCUGCAGCCACCUCUGCAUAUAUGUCUCCUCCAACGACAUUAACGAACAACAAUAACAACCUUAAAAUUCACCAACCAUCCGCAAUCCGUUCCCGUGCCAACGCCAUCCCGAUUGUCAACCCCUCGACCGGCACUCGCAUUGCAAGUCCACCCUCAUCCAUCUCGCCAGGCACGAUGCAACAAACGACUGCCGCUCGCCGGUGGUAA